AUGGCCUUUCCUGAGGGCCUUACCAGUCCAGAAAUGGAGAUCUCGGAAGGAGGAGUCAUUCUCGAUAACAGAACCCGCUUUGCCGAUUUGAAAACCAUGUUGGACAGCAGCAAAGAUAAUCUGAAAGUGGACGCGAUGAAACGUAUCAUUAAUUUAAUUGCAAAGGGUAAAGACGUCAGUGAGCUUUUUCCAGCUGUCGUCAAGAACGUUGCGGCCAAGAAUGUGGAGUUGAAAAAGCUCGUCUAUGUUUAUCUUGUACGUUAUGCAGAAGAACAACAGGAUCUGGCUCUAUUGUCAAUAAGCACGUUCCAAAGAGCUCUAAAGGAUCCCAAUCAGUUGAUAAGGGCUAGCGCUCUUCGUGUGUUGUCGUCUAUCAGAGUCGGUAUGAUAGCUCCCAUAAUGCUGCUGGCCAUCAAGGAUUCUGUUCGAGAUAUGAGCCCAUACGUUAGAAAGGUCGCAGCUCAUGCCAUACCCAAGCUGUACUCUUUGGAUCCUGAGUUGGAAACGGAGCUGGUUGAUUGUAUUGAUUUUCUUCUGGCGGACAGACGUAGUCUUGUUUUGGGUAGUGCAGUUUACGCUUUUGAAGAGAUCUGUCCCAAUCGUUUGGAUCUCCUUCAUAAGCACUUUCGAGCUCUGUGUCGUGCUCUAGCAGACGUCGAUGAGUGGGGCCAGGUCAUGAUGAUAAAUCUUCUGACUAGAUACGCACGCUCGGAGCUGGCUGAUCCUGAACUUCUGCCACAACCAGAUGUAGAUCUCACUCUGCUGCUCAACUCGGCUCGUCCUCUUUUACAGUCACGGAACUGCAGCGUCGUAAUGGCAGUCACUCAGUUGUUCUACUACACCGCUCCGAAAGCACAGCUUUCUCAGGUCGCUCGUGCGUUGGUGCGCCUCCUACGUGGACCGCGUGAAGUGCAGUAUGUUGUUCUUCUGAACAUUGCGACGAUCUGUGAGCGCAAUCCGGUACUUCCUGGAACCUAUGCCAUAUCAAAAAAUAUGUUCGACCCAUUCUUGAAGUCCUUCUUUGUACGAUCAUCGGAUCCGUCCUUCGUCAAAGAGCUGAAGUUGCAUAUUUUGACGAGUCUGGUUUCAGAAGCGAAUGUUCAUGUCAUUUUGAGGGAGCUACAGACAUACGUGAGCUCGAGCGACUUGGCUGGGGCUGCUAUUGAAGCAAUCGGAAGAUGUGCUGUUCGAGUCAAGGCAGUAAGUGAGCAGUGCCUGGCCGGACUUGUUCCAACUGAUCGCUUCUCCUAA